AUGGCGGGUUCAUCAACCUCCGCUACUUACUCAAACGGUCUUAUGACACAGUCUUCGCAUCAGGGACCAUCGAGAGGUCUCCAACUUCCCUCGAGAGGUCUUCAACUCCCCUCGAAAAAUCUUCAACUUCCCUCGAGGGGUCUUCAACUUCCCUCCAAAAAUCUUCAACCCCCAACUACUCAGAGGCUAAUUAUUCCGCCGCCGCCGCCGCCGCCGCCGCCGGUAACAACAAUAACAACAACAGCAACAAUAACAACAAUAACACCAACUCCCGCUGCGGAACCAGUUAAUGCUCAUGCCCCUAAAAGUAGAAGUAGAAGUAGAAGUAGAAAAAGACCACGCAGUAUCGCUUGUGUCACCUGCAAUAAGCAGAAAAAAACAUGUGGGCCUGCUCGGCCUUGCCCUCGCUGCCUUCAUCUAAAUAUUCCUUGUCGACAACCCGUCAAACCCGAAGGAUUUCUCUAUAACACAAAAAAACAAAAAACCGCCGAAACCCCACUAUCGCCCCCAGUAUCGCCCGAUGACCACAACGCCUUGUCUGGUCCAAGGUCUACCACCGUCUCCCUCGCCCUCGACUUCAACGCAACUGGCAAGAAUGGCGAUACAAUUGAACUAAACUCGCGCAUGAGAUCUCACUCGAUGUCUCCCAUUAAUGAAACCCCAAAGCCAUUGCCAAUACCGGAUAUGUCACGCUGGUGUCUGCCCGCUCUGCCCGCCCCUGCCGAAGAAGUGCCAUACGAUAUCGUAAAAAAUUCGAUAUUCAGCGGCGCGCCUGUCUUCGGGUUGGAGAAAUCGACAUAUGAUGAUAUUUUAGGGGAUGAUAUAUUUGCGGGAUUUGGCGAGCCAAUAGAUUUGGCUGAUGUAUACGCAGAGGUGAUGGGCAACAUGGGAAGUCAGGGGAUAAAGGAAGGGGAGAAGGAAGGGAAGCAUGGCGCCGAGGUUGAGCAUGUCGUCGCUCAGGGAGAGCACGUUGUUGCUGCAGGCUCUACUACGUCUGGGAUAGCGUCAGAAACUGGUUGUGUUAGUGGGAUUGCUUGGUUGGGUGAGGCGGAUCUGUUUGCCGACAGUUUAGCCCUGGAUGACGUGGACCUCUCAAACCUCGACAUUCCCGGCUUAGACGAUAUCGUGAUAGACUCGGACAUAGAAUAG